UUCGCAUUCUUUCGGUUUAGAUGGCGGUGAAAUUAUUUCCAAAACUUGUACUCUUCGGGGACUCUUUAACUCAGGAAUCUUUUAGCGAAGGAGGAUGGGGAGCAACUCUAGCAGAUCAUUAUCAAAGGAAAUGUGAUGUUGUUAAUCGUGGAUUCAGUGGUUACACAUCAGCUUAUAACAAGCUUAUUCUGCCCCAAGUCCUUCAGAGUGACAAUAAUCCCAAGGGUAGUAUUGUGGNGGCAAUUGUGCUACUUGGUUCUAAUGAUGCUGUUUGCAAUGAAACGGAUCCACGGGGACUUACUGUAGAACAGUAUACUACGAACUUAACAGACAUCUUGAUGCAAUUUAUGAAUGAUGGGAUAGAAGCAAGUCAACUUGUUUUAUUGACACCACCAGCAGUAGUGGAUGAUAAAUACAAGAAAUUUUGUGCAGAACUUGAUGUACCAGUAAGCCUUUGCGAUGGGCAGGUAAAAUGUUUUGCUGAAAAAUGUGUAGAUGUGGGAAAAAAGCUUGGAGUGGAGGUUGUCGAUCUUUACAAGUUAUUCCAUGGACAGCCGAACUGGGAGUCGUUUCUAAGUGAUGGCCUCCAUUUUUCAAAAGAGGGAAACCAAUUUGUAGCACAGCAAGUGAUUCCAGUGCUGGACACAAAGUUGGGAAAACUGCCUAUGAUAUUUCCUGACUGGAAGGACGUUGACCCAAAACAUCCAGAUAAAUAUUUCAGUUAAUAAUUAACACCUUUAGUUAACUGAUUUUUUAACAUGCACAUCUUUGCAUGAGUUUCUCUCUCUUGAUCAUAAUUUGAAUUAUUAUUAUUAUUAUUAUCAUUAUUAUUAUUAUACCUGAAUAUUGUAAUCAUGAAAAGGUUCUAGAAGGGAUUCCAGCUCUCAUUUUCUUAAUAGAUAGAUUCCAUGUGUGCAUGGGUCUGUUCAGUAAUAUAUCACAGAUGACAUCAAAUAUGUUAAGAACAAAAAAGGGUCACAGAGGCUCAGCUGAGUGUGUCACUGGUAUUCUUAUCGCAUUUUGAAGUCUUCUGUGAUUGAUUACUGUGCAAGCCCACAGCAACAUGGAAUCUCUUUGUUUCACAUGAUAAGAAAGAAAAAUGUUAAGGGUGACAUCAUUGGUGAUAUGUACCUUGUCCUCCAACAGAUCAUAAUUAAGAACCAAUCAGAAUGCGUGCAUGAUCCAGCUUAUAGUGAUAUCAAAUAUUAUAAAUAAUAAUAAUAAUAAAUAAAAUGUGUUUCAAUAAACGUGCAUCAAAAUU